UGUUGCGUGCGGCCAGAACCAGGAAGUGUCCAGCGGUGAAACGCUGCAGGAGUCGGCCUCACGAACCAAACUCGUCACUUCCCAUGUACGAAUAAGACGGGAAGAAAAUGAUCACGAAGAAUGGCGCUUUCUGCAGAGAAGGCGGUUGCACGGCACCGGCGGGCGACGAUAUGCAAGCACCGUUUCAUCUUUGAUUGCCAACUGACAGCGGAGCGCAGAAUGGAUCCAAGUCGAGCUAGAUUCGCCAAUGGUCGUCAACCUCGGCGCAUCAAGAAGAAACGGCCUGGCGGCAGCUGUCUUGGCGGGUUCAUCUCGACCAAGCGAUCGACACGGGUGUCUUUUAGACAACGCAGAUCCGACCCUAUUAUGAUUUUCCCUUCCCAUAUUAAGGGCGACAAGGGGAUCUGUUUGAUGAGUCGUGCUUGCUGAGAAGGGUACAAACAAUAGCACUGGGGAAGACUCGGCUUGCGAGCUACCGAUGCUGAGGAAAACCAACCGGCCGGUAACGAGCCCCAGCUUCAACUCGAGGCCGUCACCAUUCCCGCGUUGCGCUACCCUGGCCAUGAUCCCAACAUCGGCCCCUUGGCCAGAGCAGAUGUCUUCUAGGUACGCUAGGGCUAGGAACCAAAGCGGCUACGUUACGCUGACAACCCGUCACCUUAUCGUUCCAAGGCCGGUUCGCCUUCCGAAUUGGAGCACAUCCCCCGGCCCAGUGGCCACCGCCCCAAAGUCCCACUGGUCCGGUCUGCAUAAGAGUGUUUCGGUCUUAUGUGGUUUCUAUAUUUUCCACCUGCAGUCUUCUCGCUGGCCUCCGGGGGCCAAGGCGGGUCAGUUCUCGGCGCCUGCAAGGGUUCUAGAACCGGACUGUCCAGGGCAGCGACGAGGUGGAAGGGAGAAGGAGCAUCACGGAGGAAGAGGAUUUCCGGGAUGCAGUGUGCGUGUCUUUCUAAGGUCUCUUCCGAUAAGAUAAAUAAAGAGGCAAAUCCGUCGC